UCCAUGGAUUCCCUGAAAUUGGGGACACCAUUGGAAAUAUGUGUGAGCUCAGGGGCAGUUUCCUAUGAUUUUUAGGCCUCAAAAUGUCUCUUGGACUCAAAAUUGCCUUAGGGCAGAGGACGUGUGUACCCCCAGUACAGAAUCUCGGACAGUGAAUGUGAGUAAACAUUCGGCAGAAAAGCUCUGCCAAACUGAGUGCUCUCAUGUGACUUUUUCAUCAAGUCAGUAUUCCUGGGAUCUCUUGUACAUGAUAAUCUCACUCUUGUACAUGAUAAUCUCACUCUUGUACAUGAUAAUCUCACUCUUAGAAGGUUUCAUCGUUUCUGCUUACCCUAGUUUUCUUUCCCACUCUGUUCCCUCUCCCACCAGACUGGACUCUGAAAUGGGCAUGUACAGAGACGAAGAGACCCCAACAUGCUUCAGGCUUUGAGUGGAGAGGAGAAAGCCUCUGCUGGGACAGGGAACAGAGGGAUGUGGAGUCCCUGAAGAUGCUUUUGGACAAUGGUCUGAGGUUGGGACAGUGGCAGGAGAUACCAUUCACCCAGGAUCUCCAGGACAAGAGAUCAGAAUGGCAGUUACAAGUGUUUUUUUUCAAACUGGUUGCCAGGUUGGCAUGAGCCAUGACAUCAGAGAUUCCGACCUUCCUGAUUGGAGGGACCGGACUCCGUGGUGCCUGGAGAUCAGUUGGACAACAGUAUCUUCUCAGAGCUGUUCUCCACUCCUGACUUCUCCUAGGCUUGAGAAUUGAUAACAUACUCUUCUGGAUCCGAGCAGUGUCCAGAAGAAGGCCAUGGACAGAACGGAGACUAGGUUCCGUAAGAGGGGACAGAUUACGGCAAAGAUCAUGACCAGCCAUCAACCGCACCCCCAGAAUGAGCAGAGUCCCCAGCAGAGCACCUCGGGGUACCCCCUCCAGGAGGUGGUGGAUGAUGAAGCAUUGGGACCAUCAGCCCCUGGGGUAGAUCCCAGCCCCCCAUGUAGGUCCCUUGGCUGGAAAAGGAAGAGGGAGUGGUCAGAUGAAUCUGCGGAGGAGCCGGAGAAGGAGCUCGCCCCUGAGCCUGAGGAGACCGGGGUAGUGGAGACGAUGUGUGGGCUCACGAUGAAGCUGAAGCAACAGCGAGUGUCACCCAUCCUCCCUGAGCACCACAAGGACUUCAACAGUCAGCUUGCCCCUGGGGUAGAUCCCAGCCCCCCGCAUAGGUCCUUUUGCUGGAAAAGGAAGAUGGAGUGGUGGGACGAAUCUGAGGAGUCGGAGGAGGAGCUACGGAAGGUGCUCGCCCCUGAGCCUGAGGAGAUCUGGGUGGCGGAGAUGCUGUGUGGCCUCAAGAUGAAGCUGAAGAGACGGCGAGUGUCGCUUGUGCUCCCUGAGCACCACGAGGCCUUCAACAGGCUGCUUGAGGAUCCUGUCAUUAAAAGAUUCCUGGCCUGGGACAAAGAUCUGAGGGUGUCGGACAAGUAUCUCCUGGCUAUGGUCAUAGCGUAUUUCAGCCGGGCCGGCUUCCCCUCCUGGCUAUACCAACGCAUUCAUUUCUUCCUGGCUCUCUACCUGGCCAAUGACAUGGAGGAGGACGACGAGGACUCCAAAGAAAACAUCUUCCACUUCCUGUAUGGGAAGACCCGCUCUCGCAUACCCUUGCUCCGUAAGCGUCGGUUCCAGUUAGGCCGUUCCAUGAACCCGAGGGCCAGGAAGAACCGCUCUCGCAUACCCUUGCUCCGUAAGCGUCGGUUCCAGUUACGCCGUUGCAUGAACCCGAGGGCCAGGAAGAACCGCUCUCAGAUAGUCCUGUUCCAGAAACGUCGGUUCCACUUCUUCUGUUCCAUGAGCGGCAGGGCUUGGGUUUCCCCGGAGGAGUUGGAGGAGAUCCAGGCUUAUGACCCAGAGCACUGGGUGUGGGCGCGAGAUCGCGCUCGCCUUUCCUAGAGCUCCAGGGACCGUGGAGGCCUGAGGUCAUCGGCCUGAGAGAAGAACACCGGACCCAGGGGAGAUGUGGAUUUUCAGCAGGAACUUUAUUCCAAUGCUAAUGGCAGACACCAGGAAGGAGGAGAGGAACCAUUUGUGCACAUCAUCUAGAAGAACCUGGACCAUUCUUGAUGGAGCUCAAUACAGUCAUCACGUUGUCCUCCUAGGAGCAGGGGUGGGGGGAGGGGGGUGGGGUCCUUCUAGGAGUCCUUGGAGAAAAGUAAGAAACCAGGAGUGUUUCCAGUUCCACCCUUUCCUGCGGCACCACCACCCUUUUUAUAUUGCUGAAUUCCAACCUCCCUGGGGCGGAACCUGGAGGUCCUAUUUCUUACGGACUUGGUUGCCACAGUCCAGGAGCAUUUGAAGGCACAAUGCAGGGGCUCAGAUUGGCACAGAAUUCUUUUGUGAAAUAUCAGUGCCACAGAUUGUAACAGAUAGCUUCAUGCACACUCUGCAUUUUAUUGGUUUGUUUGGGAAAUGUUGGCCAUUGAAUUAUUCAUAGAUUUAUUUCAAAUAGUUUGGAAAUUGUUGUACUUUUGAAAACAUGCUGUUCCUGUAGUUUUUUGAUGAGAGUUAUAGUUGUUAUAUAUACAUAAAGAUAAUUUUCUUUUCAUUUUUAAGAGACAAUUCUUUUUAUCCUAAAUAUUUUAUUAUCUUUAAAUUUGUUUCUGUAUUAUUAUAUGUGAUCCUGAAGUGAGCACUCUUUUUAUCUGUGAUACUUCCAUAAUAAUCUCUUCUAUUUAUAGCUAUUGGUAGCUCCCCACCAGAAAAAAACAUAAUUCUGGUGAUAGAAAUUUUUAUUUGCUGUUUAGGUUUGUGACUGAAUUGUGAGAAUUCAGUUGUGAUUUUUAACAUGUCUCAGAUAUAUAUACUAACACGUCUAAUAUAUACUAUCUAUUUUAUUGGUUUAUUUUGAAAAACAUGGAUAUAGAAUUAUUUAAAUAUUAUUUUAUUUAUUGAAAUAUUUAUUAAAUAUAUUUAUUUAUUUAAAUAUUAUUACUUUCAAUAUUAUUUUAAAUAUUUUGGAAAUACUGGUAUUUUUGAAUAGAUGCUGUUUCUAUAACGCUGUGUGAUGGGUGUUAUAACUGUUGUAUACAUAUACAUAUAAUUUUGUUUUCCUUUUUAAGAGAGGAUUCUUUCCAUCCUAAAUCUUUUACCUUUCAAUCUUUGUAUCUAUUAUUACACGUGCUGCUGAAGGGAGCAUGGUUUUUAUCUAUGAUACUUAGUUAACAUAUAUAUUACAUUUAUAGCUAUGUAGUAGUUCCCCUAAAUUCUUGUAAAAAUAAAUUUUUAUUUGAUAUUUCAUAUAUGUUUGAAAUGUGAGAAUUCAGAUGUAAUUUUUUACCUUGUUUUGGCAUGUUUGUAUGUUACUUUAAAGAGGAUGUGUGUUCUAAAGGAGGACACGAGCUGUGUGUUUUCAAGAGAACAAUAGAGUGCGUCUCUUGGGGAAACAUAAUAAAAAUGAACUUUUCUCACCUUCACAGCAAUUGU